AUGUCUAAAGCACCAUCGUUUGAUCCGGGACUUGAAGACUUUAGUCAGUACGUCGAAAGGUUAGAAUUCUUCUUCAGCAUUGAGAAGAUAGACGAUGAUGGUUUGAAGAAAAGUCAUUUGUGUGUCAACCUAAGUCCAACUAUUUAUUCAGACUUAAAGUGUCUCCUUGCUCCAGUUGAAUUUUCAAAAGCUACUUAUAAACAGUGUGUGGAUUCUCUGAAGUCGAAGUAUGCUAAGGUUAAGAAGACUAUAGCGGAGAGGUAUGCUUUUCAUAAUCGAAAGCAGCAUGUUGAGUGGGAAAAGAAAAAAGAAAAAGCCAUAAACGAAGGAAACUUGGAGGAGCUCUAUGCUGCAUGUAUAGAACUUGCUUCCCUGCAAACCAAUAAAGAAAAUUAUGAGGAUGCUAUCAAACAAUAUAAGGAAGCCAAGACAGCGGCUGAAGCUGCUAACAACACUAUCAAUAAGGCUGUCUGCCAUAGAAUGAUUGGAGAGGUGUACAGUAAAAUGCAAAAAUAUGACGAAGGAAUCAAACAUCAACACAAGUAUUUAGAGUUAGCACGGGUUGAGAAUAACACAGUUGAAGAACAAAGGGCCUUAGCUAACUUAGGCCACAUGUACUUCCUAAAAGCAGACACCUUUGUCAACCCUGCGUCUCAAGAAAAACUGAAAUGCCUUGAAAAAUCAGAGAAAUACAGCAAGCUUAGUUUGCAGACCUGUGAAAGGAUCACAACUGUUAACAAGCAGGAAUUGGUAGAAAUGCAAGCUCGGUUGUACUUGAACCUGGGACUGGUGGUGGAGCAAAAUGAUCGUGAAACUGCAAUUAGUCACUACAAUCGAGCAAUAAACCUAUGCAAGAGUAUGGACAUAUGGAAUAUCCUGUGCAGUUCGUACAGUGGCCUAGGGACACUCUAUUAUAACCAAGGAGACCACACUCGAGCGCUUACGAACAUAGACAAAGCACUCAACGUUGCACAGCGGCUUCCAGACAGAAACCAACAAAUAUGCGAAGCAUUACUGCUAAAGGCUGAUAUACUUUUUGACUUGCCAGAUUUUAGAGGUGCCAAACAAUGUCUUCUGAAGGCUUACAAAUUAAACACCGAAACUCGUAGUAGUGUCGAAAAAAAGCUGAAAACAGUUGCUGCUGUUAGUCGUUACGAGCAGAAGCUAUUGGACACUCCAGAUUGUGACUUGGAGACUAAGAAGUCCCUGUAUGAGUCACUAGGGGAUGGCUGUGUGGCAAUGUACAGCUACUCCAAGGCUAUUGAAUACUACCAUCGUAUGCUGGCUACUGCUCGCGACCUAGGCGAGUCAGGAGAGCAACUAAGGCCUUGUUUCGUGUCUUUGUCUCAGACAUACAAGGAUAACAAGCAGUAUGAUGAGGCCAUCAAGUACUUGAGGGAAGAGCUGGAACUCAACGUUAACAAUCCUGUUGAGGCUUGCAAGACGACGUUAAGCAUUGCAGAGGUUCUGGAGCUGAAAGAGGCAGAUGUAAAUGAGACUACUGAAUGUUAUCUAAAAGCAAGGUCGCUUGCACAGACAGCCAAGGACAUCAAACUAGAGGCCAGGACAUUGGAGUCCUUUGUGCAGUUUCUUAAGGAGAAGAAUAUGAUUACUGAUUCUCGGAAAAUGGAGGCAGAAUUUGAAAACCUGAAAGAAACUUAUGGCCCUAUGAACGACAGUGCAAGUGAAGAAGAAGAAGAAGCAAACACACCUGACAUUGGAGCAGACAUUGACAUCAAUGAGCUCUCAGAUGACGAGCCUGAGCCUGGAGAAACCCAUCGAGCACGCAAAAGAUGUCCGACCAUAAAUUUCCGUCGGAAUGAAAAAGGAGAGUAUCCUCUUCAUGUUGCUAGCAUCAACGGAAAUAUUGCACUCGUUAGAAAACUUUUGGAUCAGGGUCAUCCCGUGAACGUGAGAGACAAUGCAGGAUGGUUGCCACUCCACGAGGCUUGCAACCUCGGACACCUGGAGAUUGUGGAGGAGUUGCUGGACCAUGGAGCUCUCAUAAAUGACCGAGGAGGCGACGUCAGUGAUGGAGUGACUCCAUUACUGGACGCAGCCACAUGCGGCAACCUGACUGUGAUACAGCUGCUGCUGCGAAGAGGGGCGUCACCUGUCAUGCGAACCAAUAAGGGAGAAACCGUUCUGGAUUGCCUGAUUGCUUGGCGAAGAAGGAGCAAGAAGGAAACAAAAUCAGACUUGGACCCUGAAACUCUUGCCCAGUAUGAUGAUGUUGUCAAAACACUCAGAGUUGCUUUGAAAAAAGCUGGACACAAUCCAGAGUCUGAAAGGAGAUCCCCUUCACCCGUUACCUCCUCUUUCACAAGUCAGCCAUCAACGUCAAGAGGGCAUUUGGAAAACACCAGGGAUUAUCCUUCACAAAGACAAGUGCCAUCAAACAAAAGGAGGAGUUUUGAGGAGGAUGUUCAAUCAUCCAAACAUAGAUUUUCUGAUAAAGAUAGAUCAAGGUCAUCUAGUUCCUCCUUACGAAGAAGUGGAGAAGAACUUGAAGUACCAUCAAAGAAAAGUACAACAGCUACAAGAGAGUAUGAAGAAGCAAUGAAAAGUCUGCGGCGGAAACACACAACAUUUCCUUCACCACAGAGUCCACCAAGAGUUGAGCACAGUGCCCUAGUGGCAGAAGAUGAGGUAGUUGAAGACUGGUUGGUAGAUGACCUAGCACCAUCAGGUCACAGGGGCAUCAAGCGGCGCCGCUCACACCACUUUGAGGGAGAGCCCCAGCGCCGGCCCAACCGCCUGGACAGCCCUCCCCCGGCGCCCCGACGUGUGUACAGACCUAUCAGCCCUGUGGAUCUUUUCACUGACUCCAGCAACUCAGGGGAACGACAGGUGGAAGAAGAUGUGCAGCAAAGAGACUCUGUGACUAUAAGUGAUGAACAUGACAUUGUACAGGAAAUUCUUACUCCCCAACAACCUCAAAGUAAUGUGAGGCCAGUCUCCACAGCCACACAACAAGUUCCUCUGACAGGCUUUGGCGUUGUUAGGCAGUCAAUGCCUCCUCCAACAGAACUUCCACCAGCAAUGCCAAUGAACUUCCAGCCCCCGACUCAGCAACCUACUCAAUGCACACAGAAUACUCAGAUGGGGCUGCCAUCCAUAAAAGUGCGGGUGGAAGGGAAGUUACUACUGAUACCUCUGCCAACCCAAGAAAACACCCAGGAAGUUCGAACCAUCGCCUGGCUGGCUGAAGAAGCUGCUAAACGCUACUACAGUUUCGAAGGUCAAGAGCCGCGGCUGAGCCUACAGACAUGGGAGGGAGCCAUGUUGUCCCCCCAGGACCCUGUCUCUCUACUACUGGGCUGUAAUGAGGUGGUGGGGGUGGUGAACAGCUGGAAAGUACACAAAGCUACUGAAAGAUACAGGGAGGUCUGCGCUGAAAUAGGUGUCGAAGUGGAUGACCACCUACAACGGUGCCUGGAAGGUAUUCCUCUCUCACUGGCAGACUGUGGGCUGGACGCUGUUACAGUGGACCCUGUGUUUAGAGCACUGAUUACUCAGACAAAUCUUCAGUAUCUGGUGCUGUGCGACAACAGACUUGGUGACGACGGCUUUCAGUUGCUGGGAAAGUUGGUUCCAAAACUGCCCGUUCUCCAAGAGUUAGAUGUCAGUUGCAAUGGAAUCACUGGAGAUGGACUCACCAUGUUUGUGGAUCAGGUCGUAGAACACCAGGCUUGUCAGAGACUGAAGGUACUGAAGUUGAGUCACAAUAGACUAGGUAGGACAUGCACAGGACCACUGUCUCGUUUACUCCAAGUAACCAGAUGUCUCAUGGGCCUGUCCAUCACAUCGGUGGGACUAACAGCAGGCAGCUUUGCAGGCACUAAUCAACUCAAUAUGGAGAGAAUUGAGGUGUUGGAAGCGAGUUCAAACUCACUGGGGAACGAUGGUGUGCGAGCAUUGCUGGGAGGACUGAGCGUGGAGCGAGUAGUGGAGCUACAUUUGGCUCACACGGGAGAAAGGGUGGUAGGCGAAGUAGCGAACUGGCUAGCAAGAGGAGACCCGUGUAGACUGCAAACACUCAACCUUGCCCACUGUCCUGACCAGCAGACGGCUCUGGAGAGACUGACUCAAAAUCUUCAGAGAGUGGUAUCUCUAGAACAUCUGGAACUCAGUUGCUCAGAGACACUAGACCAACAGUCCUUACAGUCACUAUACCAGCUGCCACUCAGAGUUUUGCGACUACCAGGAGUCAAAGUGGAGUUUUCUCCUUCUGCUCCUCCUCCUCCAGUGCAUCAACUCAGCUGUCUCUCCCUCUCUUCCCCCACUCCCUUUUGGGCCCACACAGGACCCUUUGGGCUUUUCACUAACAACACUUGCACGUCCUUCAAAGUGCAACCAAAUGUGACGUGAACGCUCACGUUUGCAUUUUUUUAUAGAGUUCCUAGUUCAUUGUCAUCAUUAUCAUUGUUUUAGGUGAACCGUUUAUUGAUUGUUAGUACUGCAUAGAUUUACUCUCUGUGUGAUCCCGAUGUACCUGUUUUUGGAUGUAGUGUAUCUAGGAGAAAUAGGAUAGUUUAAAUUAUAAGACUAAAUCAUAAGAUUUCCCUACUUUGGAAUUUUCUACCACUUAGGCGAACAAAUCAUUAUAAUCUGUUGCUUUUCCCUUGUCACUUUUUAAGUGAAAAAUAGAUCUGGGGGAAAGCAGAUUAAAAUAAUCAUGGAAUUUGGGUAACUAAGACUGUGAUUUAAAAAAUAAUUUUUGAGUUUUUACUGUUACUUAUUUAUUCAUUUUGUGCUAUAUUUAUAAGCUGCUUCCAGAUGAAAGUUAGGGUAAGAUAAGGAAGAACAGCGCUUAAGUAUUUUGUUCUAAAAAGUUAAUUUGUUAUUACAAAAAGUUAUGCAAGUGUGUUUAAAUUUAGAUUUAGCUGUGUGAAUAAGACAGUAUUUUUCAUUUCCAAAGUUAUAUCUGGACUCUUUUAUUUUUUUUUUAUUUUAUACCAUUAAAAAUAUAUUAUUAAUUACUAUACAGAUUGUGUUACUGA